AUUUCGGAGUCAGGAGUCGGGGCUGGGAUUUCGCAGGGAAAGCCCAGCGGUGGCAGCUGCGGCGGAUCCCUCGGCACGGCCCGCCGCGCGCCCGGGCAGCCCAGGGCCGGCGAGCAGCUCCGCAAAGUCGCGGAGCGAGAGGAGGCGGAGCGCCCGCGAAGUGGUCGGGCUCGGCGCUGGGGCUGGGCAGGGAGAGGUGUGCCCGGGGACCUGGAUCCUGGCGCCCUGUGCCGCGCGUGGAGCGGCCGGUGCAGCCGGGAGGCGAGCUGACGCUUUGGAAAGAGAAAUCAAAUUGCAGCCUCCCCAAAGACGUUAAGUUACGCAGGCCAGCCAGUUCCCGGAGAGCGUUCGCGAGCGCGCGUAGAGCCGAGCCGCGCCGCGCCGCACCGCAGAGCCCUCCCGGGCCAGGCGGCUGGGAGCGGGGCGCCGUCCGAGAGGCAGCGGCCCCUGAGCACGGGGUCUGGCCGGGAGUGCGCCCGGGUACAGAGAGGGGGCGUGCAGGGCUCCGCCAGCCCGCCCGCAGCCCGCGCCCGACUUGGGCGCCCCCUCCGUCCCACUCCGGGAGCGAUGCCCCCCGCCCCUUGCGCCCCCCGGGAACGACGCGAGCAUGGAGAAGUCGAGUAGCGAGGAUUCUUCGAUCCACCGGAGUCCAUCUUUGGACAGCAAGGACUCGGACUUUGCCAAGCCGUCCACCUCGGGCCGCCCGUUCGGCCGCGGCUUCACGGCCGGCGCCUUCUACGGCACCGCGGGCUCGCGGGGCCAGAGCCGCGCCGAGGCUGGCGUUAAGACUGACAAGUACAAUGCACCUAAAGGCAGCAAGUACGUGGUGUUUUACCUGGACCUGUCCUUUGUUUUUCUCCUAGAAUUUAAGAAGUGCAACAUGGCCAGAGGCUGCCUCUGCUGCUUGAAGUACAUGAUGUUCCUCUUCAAUUUGAUAUUCUGGCUCUGUGGCUGUGGGCUGCUCGGAGUGGGCAUUUGGCUAUCCGUGUCCCAAGGCAACUUUGCCACCUUCUCCCCCAGCUUCCCCUCGCUGUCUGCAGCCAACCUGGUCAUCGCCAUAGGCACCAUUGUCAUGGUGACAGGCUUCCUCGGCUGCCUGGGGGCCAUCAAGGAAAACAAGUGCCUCCUUCUCAGUUUUUUCAUCGUCCUGUUGAUCAUCCUCCUAGCAGAGUUGAUCUUGCUCAUCCUCUUCUUUGUCUACAUGGACAAGGUAAAUGAGAAUGCCAAGAAGGACCUGAAAGAAGGACUGUUGCUGUACAACACAGAGAACAACGUGGGGCUUAAGAACGCCUGGAACAUCAUCCAGGCUGAGAUGCGCUGCUGUGGCGUCACCGACUACACAGACUGGUACCCAGUGCUGGGGGAGAACACAGUGCCCGACCGCUGCUGCAUGGAGAACUCCCAGGGCUGUGGGCGCAACACCACCACCCUUCUGUGGAGAACGGGCUGCUAUGAAAAGGUGAAGACGUGGUUUGAUGACAAUAAGCAUGUGCUUGGCACGGUGGGGAUGUGCAUCCUUAUCAUGCAGAUUCUGGGCAUGGCCUUCUCCAUGACCCUCUUCCAGCACAUCCACCGGACUGGUAAAAAGUACGAUGCCUGAGCGGGCUGGCCGGGAGCACCCCAGCCCCCCGCAGACACUGUGCCAGGGAAGAAGAUUUGAGCUUUGUGUUGCCUGCCCGCGCUCUCCAGACUGCUGACCCCUGCACCCGACUCCCCCCGCAGCCCACCCUCCCCCAGCCCACCCCGCCUCAGCCUUCUUGGUGGGUGGAGGGCCAGGGAGGAGGAGGCCUGGAGGAGGCACACAGAGACCUUGGGUGCUGGGGGCGCCUGGAUUCCUGCAUCUGUGUAUUUGCCAAAGAAGACAGGGUGGGCCGGGUUCAUGCUCCAGGAGCCCUCCAGCACUGAUGCGUUUCUGCCUCUGCCCUUCCUCACGCUGACACUUGGUCCCCAUGUGGGUGGGGCGCAGAGUGCUCCCUCCUGGUCCAGAGACUGCCCACGGAGCCACGGGUGCCCACCGCCAUCCAUGGGAAAGCUGGCGGUGGGGGGGGGGGGCGGGGGUCUGACUGCCUCUGGGCAAGGCCCCCGGGAGCAUCUUGCCCAGGCUUUUUAUACCUUACAGUGUAACUUUUUUAUUUUAUUUUACUCUGAUUCUGAUUAUUCAGGAAUAUUAUCUUCCAGAUAAGUUUAGGGUUAGCUUUCUGAUUUAUAACUUUUUACUGCGUUGAUUUCUGUAAUGGUUUGAAUUUUUUUUUUUUUUCCUGAGGGUGGGGGACAGGUGCGGGGAGAGAGGAUGUCCCGUCAGGUUUCAAUCAGGACAAACCACUGUGCAGCUCUCAGGAGUCCCCGGGGAGAUGCACCAGGCCUGUGCUCAGGACGCACCGAGUGGGAGGGAGAGUGGGCCAGGGUGUGCGGGGCCCACGUCGGUGGCACAGGAGCCUGGAUGAGGCGUGUGCAACAGAAAGGCACAGAGCAGCGUGGAGGGGCACCCUGCCCGGGGGCCAUAGGUUUGCUGAUGCUGGCUCCAGCGGCCCGGUUGGGGGUCCGUGGGGGGCCGGCGAAGUGCUUUGCCAGGAACGUGGCCAGGGCCGUUGUGGGUCCUUCUGCUUCACCGAUGAGCAGUCUUUUCUUUUUCCCGUCCUUCCUUCCUCCUGCCCUCUGUUGGCACCGGAGGCUCCCCCUUCCGCCCCAUGCGGGCAUAUUCCCGCGACAGGUUCUGCAAACCCCAGUUACUUUCACAGACAUUCCUGCUAGAAACUCUCGGACAAAUACCUCUCUAGUUCAGAUGCUGCUCACUUUCUCACAUUGCUUCUGGAAGGGGAAGCAUUCCUUACGUUUUGCUGCUCAGACGGUGGCAGAGGUCCCGUGACCAUCAGGAGGGGGAGGUGGAAGUAGUGCCCGUGAUCAUUCCAGCUGUACUCACUGGGCUGCACAUUCCCUGCCGAGAGGGAGGGGAAGAUGACCAGGGGGUCCCGGGACCCUCAUCCCCUUCCUCAGGGUUCGUUGAUGGUGGGGUGGUGGCAGGUCUGUCCUCCGUGGCCCCGAGGAGAAGCACAGGGAGGUCAGACUGGAUCUUGCUACAGCAGCCCCAGGGAGAAACAGCCAAGUCACGGUGUAGAAGCUGAACAGGCCGGGUGGGGUAUCUGACUGCAGCAGGGGGGCCCUCAGGCUUUAAGCUGGUCUGAGUGUGUUUGCAGUUAAAAAACUAAAGUCAAGAAUUCAUGGGACUGAGCUUGCAGGGGCUGUCCACUGGCCGGCUAGGAUCCAGUGCACUUCCCCGACCCGGCCUCACGUGGGGCGGCUGCCUGUUCCCUGCACCGUUUGGCUCAAUACCUUGAUUUCUCACCAGGCCCACGUCUCCUCUCCAGCCUGCACUUGUCUGCUCCAAAAGCUGAGACCUGGCCACCCAGCCAGAAACUCCUGCACCCGCCGAAGUAAAAUACAGGGGGGACCAGAAGUAUGGAACUUUUGGUGUUCAGGAGUCACGAUUUUGGGGGAUGAGAAGUGGAGAGUAAGGUGGGCUCAAUGAGUCAGGCAAGGACCCACCACAGCCCACCCCAUGACAGAAGUGAAGGUGCCCGUGGCAAAGCUGGGAAGGUGGGUCCUUGGGGGGACAAAGGGGCCAGCACAUGCCGGAGCCAAACUGCCUUCCUGGGUCCUCUGGUGCCAUCUUCCUGGUGCGGGACUUCAGCUGCCUCCCUGGGGACUCCCAGCUGCAGAGCACAGAACAGACAUGCUACUGCGUCACUGCGGAGACGCACUCAGCCAACGCGCUGGAGUCACACAGAAGGGACUGGGUGUGUAAUGACCUUGGGGAGGAUGGGGCGGGCUUGUUCAUGCCUAUCAAUGCAAUUUCAGUUUUUGUUCAAAUCAGCAGCAAAAGCCCAACACCUUGGGGGGUGGGUGUGUGUAGCCUCCCUGGCAGUCUUAGUUUCUAGAGCUUCAAGGAUGUCCUCUGGCCCUGGAGCCUCCCCCGCGGUCCCCCUCUCCCCACCAGCGCCCCCUCACCUGUCCGUUCAUGGAGGCUUGUCCACAGUCCCUCAGACUGCCUUCCUGCCUCACCCUGUGCUUGGCCGCUUAGGCAUUUGCUCGAGUCUUCUCUGGGGGAAGGCACGAGGGGUGGGGGUGCUCUUCCAGACCCCUCGCCCUUCCUGCAGGGUGGAUCCCACACAUAGAAGGUCACACCACACGGUGUCUGUGGCAGCCCAGUGUCUUCUCUGUUUCUCCUGACUGUGCUCCCACUGGGGCAGCACUAACUCGAUGAGCUCCCUCACGUGUGACUUCCCUCGCCAAAAUCAGCGUCAGUUUGGUCAGGUCUGAUGCAGUUUCCAGAUUUGACUUAGAAGGUCAGGUUCUGGAGACAGCUUCAAGGGGGUGCUGGCUGAGACUUGGCCUUUCCCUGCAGCCAUCUUGCAGAGGUGGUGGGCGAGCAGGGACUGAGAACCACCCUUGGGGGGCUGCGGCAGGUGUUGGGGGACAGUCUCCACCCUCAGACCUCCGCUGGAGCACUGUCACCCCCUCCCCCGCACCAGCAUGGGCCAGCACCUUGGGCUCUCACUCCAGAAAGGUUGCUGCCCCACCCCAGACCCUCGCACAGAUGUUCUGGUUUGACUUGGACCUGGGUGGCCGUCGCUCCUUGCUUUGGUGGCCCCAAAGCAGUCCAGGUAGAUGGAAAUGGCUGUGCCCUCCUCUGCAGCCCCCUGCCCACCCACACUGGUGGAGGUGCUAACUAGCAGGGACCUGGUGUAGGAUGGGUGCCAGGUGCCUGAGUCCACCCUUUGUCCCUCCGCCCUUCUGCGACCGGCCUCUCCCGGUCCUGGUCUCCCCCUCACUCCUCUGCACCUCAGCGAGGCAGUGGUCCCGGCGGGUCCUGGCCUCCCUGCCCUGAACGGGCACCUGAGGGCCAGAGCCAGGGGCUCAUGUGCAUACCCUGCCCAUCCCCGGGGAGUGUGGGAGAGCAGGGACAGCACGCUUGUUGGUUUUAAAUGCACUUUUCUGCUUGCAAUGCUGUAUCUGUGCGUUUCCUUCAUCCUGGUCCUGGCUUUAUCGAACACCAUGUUUUUAGCAUGUUUUUAAAUAAAAACUGAUAAUGUGUCAAAAGCACAAA